UCGGGGCCGCAGCGCAGACCUGGGGCGUCGGCGUCCGCGUCCGCAGCCGGCCGGGUGUGGCGUCCGCUCUCCCGCGGAUGCUGCCGUCGCGAGUCAUGGGGCUCGCCGUCCGGGUCGUUUAUUGUGGCGCUUGAGGCUACAAGUCCAAGUAUCUUCAGCUCAAGAAGAAGUUAGAAGAUGAGUUCCCCGGAUGCUUGGAUAUUUGCGGCGAGGGGACUCCCCAGGCCACCGGGUUCUUUGAAGUGAUGGUAGCAGGGAAGUUGGUUCACUCCAAGAAGAGAGGUGAUGGCUAUGUGGACACAGAGAGCAAGUUUCUGAAGCUGGUGGCCGCCAUCAAAGCUGCCUUGGCUCAGGGCUAAUGUGCCGUGAAGGCAGAGCCCAGCGACCUUGACCUAGCCCCUCUUGGCUGACGCUUCAUGACAGGAAGGACUGAAAUGUCUUGUGGACACCUGGUCUUUCCCUGAUGUUCUUGUGGCUGCCAGGUGGGGGCAGAGAUUGAUGCCCCUGGUCUUUGCCUCUUUGUGGGAGUGCGUGUGUGUCUUCCUCUGAAUCUGCCUUUGCACAAUGCCCUGCCCACCCUUCCUGUCCCACACUUUUCACCAUCUCUCCUUGCAUCUUGCUGUCUACCCUCCGGAGUUUGGGGGGGGGUCCUGCCCCAGGAUUCCUUCUCAAGGGGAAACCAAAAAAGGGAUCAGGAAGGGUGUGUCAGAUUGUGGCAGUGUUCACAAUGGUUCACUAUUCAAUAAACAUUGGAUGAGUUUAACUGAA